GAAUGGAAUGAAACUACAACCAACUUCAUACAAUCGUGAAAUGUCAAAUUGACAGUUAGAGAUUGUGUCUCUUUCCUUUUCCGGUCGCCAAAAUGGGUAUUGAUAUUAGCCACAAAUACGAUCGUAAGGUUCGCAGAACCGAACCCAAAUCCCAAGAUGUUUAUUUGCGCCUAUUGGUCAAGUUGUAUCGUUUCCUCCAACGCCGUACCAACAAAAAAUUCAACCGUAUCGUAUUGAAGCGCUUGUUUAUGAGCAAAACCAAUAGGCCACCCAUGUCUUUGCAACGCGUUGCUCGUUUCUUCAAGGCAGCCAAACAGCCAGAAUCCACCGUUGUUAUUGUGGGAACCGUCACUGAUGAUGUUCGUCUACUCACUGUCCCUAAAAUGACAGUCUGCGCUUUACAUGUUACGCAGACGGCCAGGGAACGCAUCUUGAAGGCUGGUGGACAAGUUAUCACUUUCGAUCAAUUGGCUCUUAAGGCACCCACUGGCAAAAACUGUUUGUUGUUGCAAGGUAAACGUACCGCCCGUACUGCAUGCAAACAUUUCGGAAAGGCACCCGGUGUACCUCAUUCACACACUCGCCCAUAUGUCCGCUCCAAGGGACGUAAAUUCGAGCGUGCUCGUGGUCGUCGUUCCAGCUGUGGCUACAAGAAGUAAUUGAGAUAGCACAUUCUCAUUCUUUAUGUUAUGUACGCUUUAAGCUUACCCAUACGACGUUUAGAAGAUAAAUUCCUGAAAGUACGUGAAUAAAAUUUUACUUUUACCUACCCAUAAA